AUGAGGCUUCCAGGGGGACCCAGGCCCCCCAGCCUGAGGCACGCCCCCGAGCCUCUUCCCUGGGACACUCCCUCCGCAGCCCAGGGAGGAGCCGCAUCCCCUAGUGACCCCACUCGGCCUUGGAACAAGGGCCGCGAGGCACCGGCAGCUCCUGAGACUGUGCCUCAGGGCAGCAGGCCGCCCACGAGCCAGCAGCCUCGGAGCUCUCCCUUCACUCCUCGUCCUCAGCCUUCUGCAGCCGAGCCUUGGCUGGUGAGCGGUCUGCUCGUCUACACGGGACGCAUCUCCGUCAAACGCCCCCCACCACCCUGUGCUAACAUCUUCGACUGGACCAUGGCCAAGAGUUCACAAACUCUGCGUUAA